CAUCAAGCGGAUGAACUUGAAACUAGAUAAUUUCAAUAAAAAAGUUUAUAGAUUGGGAUUAUCAAGUGUAGAAAGUGUAAUUUAUUUCAGUUCAGUCGUAGUUGCCGUCGUAAUCAUAUGUGUUUUACAUAGUUGUGUUGUUCUUGCGUUUUAUUCAUGAAGUUUUAAAUUUUCUUAAUGCCUUUUGUGUUGAAACUAUGCCUUAAAUUUUAACGAAUAAUUGUGGUAUUGAAAACUCACCGUGUGUUAUAGAGCUACUGCUUUUAGAAGAAGAAAACUUGAAAGUCAAUUCAUUAGUUUCUAUAAUAGAUUGCAGCAUGGAUAUUUCACCUGAUGAGAUACUGCCACCUCCUGAUGUUUCUCUUCCCGAUCCUCUUAAUAGUGAAAUUUUUGAUGAUCUAUCCUUUUCUGAUUCUUCUGAAUUUUUGGAAGCAGAUGAAGAAAUUAAUGUUAGGAAGCGAUUGUUUCCUAAAGUAUUGCAAGAAAGGCUGUUGAGUAAAAAUUUAAUUCCAGUUGACUCUGAAGAAUUUGGCUUAGACUUGUCUUUGCCUGCAAGAGCAGCAGAGCAAGCUGAAAAUAUUGUUAGGAAAGUGUUAGAAGAAGCAGAAAAUGCUGAGCAGUUAGUCAGAAAUAUUUGGGCAGGAGCCUGGAAGGUGUGUCAUUUUAGCACUCUUCCAAAAUGGCUACAAGAUAAUGAUUUUCUACAUAAAGGACAUCGUCCUCCUCUUAGAUCUUUCAGUGCAUGUUUUCGCUCUAUAUUUAGAAUUCAUACAGAGACUGGUAAUAUAUGGACACAUUUACUUGGCUGUCUUCUAUUUGUUGGAAUUGCCACAUACUUUCUGUCACGACCAUCAGCUCUAAUUCCAUGGGAAGAGAAAGCAGUAUUUGCUACGUUCUUUGCAAGUGCAAUAAUAUGUCUUGGGAUGUCAUCUAUGUUUCAUACUGUAAGUUGUCAUUCAGAACAUGUUGGAAGACUGUUUAGCAAGCUUGACUACUGUGGAAUAGCUGUUUUAAUUAUAGGAUCAUUUGUUCCGUGGCUUUACUAUGGUUUCUACUGUGAUUAUCAGCCCAAAGUUUUUUAUUUUGUUCUUGUUAGUGUACUUGGUGCGGCUUCCAUUAUUGUUUCAAUGUGGGAUAAAUUUAGCGAACCACAAUUCCGUUGGUUGAGAGCUGGAGUGUUUGCUGGCUUUGGAUUAAGUGGUGUCAUUCCUGCUGUGCACUAUCUAAUUGUUAAAGGUUUCUUCCAAGCGGUAUAUCAUGCUUCCUUUGGAUGGUUGUGUCUGAUGGGAUCACUCUAUCUUCUUGGUGCUGCUUUUUAUGCAUUAAGAGUUCCUGAGCGCUUUUUUCCUGGAAAAUGUGACAUUUGGUUUCACAGUCAUCAAAUAUUUCAUGUGUUAGUUAUUGCUGCAGCAUUUGUGCAUUAUCAUGGCAUUUCAGAGAUGGCUAUUUACCGAUUAUCUAUGGGAACCUGUUCUGCUGAAGAGCCACCUAUUGAUUUUGAAUACUAAAUCACCCAAGUCAUUUGCCUUAUUUCUAUGUAAACUAUUUGUAAAACAAUUUCAUACACGAAGAUGCAGAGGGCUAGAAUAUUUUUUUAGCAUGCAAUAAAAUUUACAUAUAUUCUUUAUAGCCUCUGAUUUAUGAAGAUUCUGUGAUAGCCAUUUUUUUCAUUAAGAGAAUCUGUAGUACCUAAGAAAAAUUAAAAUAAUUUGAUUGGGGCAUGGCUAACUAGUUAGAAGGAAGGCUGAAGAAUGACUAGAUUUUCUCUGUGUGCUGUCCUCAUCUGUCUAUUCAUUCAAUAACGCGGGAACAUAGUAGCAGCGUAUGCAGAAAUUUGGGGGGGGUCUGCAUUCAGCAAAACACACACUUAUAUGAAUGUGCAUAAAUAUUACACUAUUUUGGACUAAGUGUAAUAUUUUAACUUCCACAUUAAAAUUUUCUCAGUAGACCAGUGUACAAUGUAUUAGUUAAGAAUUAUCAGUUAGUUAAAAUGUACUUGUAAAAACUUAGCUAUAACAAUGAAAAAUUAAAAUAUAUAUAUAUAUAAGAUUGUAUUAAAAAUAACAGCUGAUCACUGCAAAAAUAAGAAGUAACUACACAUUUUUACUGGUGUCCUAUGGUGGAUUCUGUUUUCUUAAAUGUUGAGGGUCUCUGACCCUCCUUCAGGCUGCUACGCCCAUGCAUUAUUUAAAAUUUUAACAGAAAUAUUUUCUAGAUUAAAAAAUUAUUGAAAGAUUUUAAGUUUGGAGUAAUUCAGUUUUCAUAAAUUUUAUUUUAAGAAGUACCUAUGUUUAUGGUCUAAUAAUUUCAUUCGAGGUGUUACGUGUAUUAGCUUUUUUUUUUUAAACCUAUUUUUCCCUUUUGCUCUAUUUCUACGAUAUAUGUAAUAGUUCUAAAAAUAUUAGUUCCAUGGUCAUUUUUUUUUUAAUAUUUAUUCUGUUUAUUAGUUGGCCAUGGUUUGGGUGCUGUAUAUCUGGUAUGACACUUUUUCCAAGAUUGAAAAAAUUCUUUAUUGAUAUCUAUAAUGAAAUUUAUUUAGAAGUGUUCUUUUUUUUUCUUUUGAUUUUUCUACUGGCAAUUGAUAAUAAUUUUAUUUUUUAAAAGCAAUUUGCUAAUUUCUUGUGCACAAUUUCAUGAAACAUAUUUGUUAAUGUUGCAUUUUUAUCUUUUUUAACUGUUUGUGUGUAUGUGAAAUUCACUUAGAAAAGUCUGUGGAAAAUUUAUUUUAAAAAUGAAAGAUAAAUCAUGAAAGAACUAUCUAAUAUUUUAACUUUCAGGUCAGAAAGUAGAUGUAUAUUUGUUUGUCCGAAUUAUUUUAAACUGCUCUCCUUUGAAUAUUUCUAAUUUAAAAGUAAUUUUUUUUUUUAAGAAGAGCUAGUGAAAAAAAUUUGCAAUCUUUUUUAACUUUCUUUUACUGCUCCAUUUUAAUAUUUUAUUUGUAACAUUAAAACAAAAUUAAUAGUGAACUUUUAAUUAUAACCUUUUAAUUAAUGAACAUCGAGAGAAAAUUGAAAAAUGUAUUCUCAUAUAAAAAAAUACUCAUAUUUUCAUAGAAAUCAUCUUUUAAAACUGGUUUUUGUGUUUAUCAUGUUUUUCCUUGAUCUGUUAAAGGGUUAUUUUUAGCUUUAUCACUUUACACCCUAUGACAAUUACUUCACUUUAAAUGCCAAUGUUCAUAUUGAACAAUAUCAUUCAUGUCUAACAGUUUUAAUCAUAAAUCACUUUUUGAACUCUUAAUCAGAUCUUAAUUUAUCUACAUAACUCUCUUAUAAUCACACUAAAUCUUUGCUUUUGAUAAUUUGGUUAGAAAUAACUGAGCUUGUGAUAAAUGCCUUUGGGAUAUUUUGUUUUUAAGUUAAGCAUAAUUUUUCCUAGAGGCACAAUCCAAAUUUGUUCGUUUAACUUAAUGUUUUAGGUUGGUGAAAAAUGCCAUUUUCAAGUUAAAAAUAAUGCAUCAGAACAUGCAGUUUACAUUGUGUUGAAAACGUAAUUUCUAUCUAAAUUACUUUAGGAAAGUACAUCACUAUUGGAAAUUCCUAUUUGAUUAAAAAUUUGAUAUUAAUUUUUCAGGAUUUAUUGAAACUAACAGUACAACUAAAAUGUGCAAAUAAUGUAUAAAAUGUCCAAUCAAAAUAAUGGUUUGAUAAUAUAUUUAUAAUGAAACUUUAAAUACAGUUUUCUAUAAAAUAAAAAAAAGCUUUUAAUAGACUUUUCGAAUAAAUACUUAUAUAUUUUGAAAUUUAAUUCAUUUGUAUUAAUUUUUAAUAAAAUCUGGGAAAGGCUUUGUACUCAUUUAGAAUUUUCACCAACUCUACAAAAUUGUAUCUAUCUUUUGAGUUCUCUUUGAAGGAAAAAAUCUUUAUUCUGUGUCAUCUCUCUAAAUAACUUUUCUAACUUAUGGAUACUACCUAAGUAGGCUUUUUGAAAGACUCAGCUAUGCCAAUUUUAUCACUACGGACAACUAAGGAAGGGAUGGAAUGUUAAAACAUGAAAGUUCUCCAUAUUUUUUGGAUGAAAACUUGAUUUUCAACAUUUUGUCAAUUCAUACUCUAGUAUUAAGCCACAAUUGUAUAUAUUUGUCUAUUCGCUAACAUAUUUAGAUUUUCAAUUUUAUUUAUUUACAAUGUAUCAUUUCCUCCCAUUUAAAUCAGUUUACAUUUGUUAAAUGCACUGCUCAUUUAUAAAUUACCAUUAUAAAUUAUUUAUAAAUUUCCAUUACUCUUAAUUUUAAAUUACUCAACUUUAAAUUUUAAUCAAUCACAAUUAAGAGCUUGUUAAACAAUUUUGAAAGUACUCUUUAUAAGUAGAUGUAUGAUAAUGUAAAUUGCUGUAUGUUUAUGAACUUAGAAAACAUUUUAAAAAUAAAUUCAAACCUUCAUUAUCUGAAUCUAUUAUAUUUUUGUAAAAUUUCAGUUUAAACUUUGUAAUUAGGCUGGGAUGCAGUGUGUAUUUAGUGAUUAUUAUACAGUCCAACCUCAUUAAUGUGGAUCUCUCAACAUAAACUAAUUUUAAAUACUUAUUAUUAUAAAAACUUUUAACAUAAAAUAUGUUUAAGGGUAAACUCUAAUUUCAUUACCAUUUUUUUAAAAUAUAAUUUUAUUAUUUAUCUUUGCAACUUAAAAGCUUAAGAAAACAAAGAAGAUAGUAAAGCUUUAACUAUAAUAUUUUUUUCAAUUAUAGUGAUAAUUUUUAUUAUUUUUAUUUCUUAUGGAAAUAUAAAAAUUAUAAAUGAAAAUUAAACAGGCAUAAAAUAAAUAUUACUCUGCAUAUUUACUAUAAGAAUUUGUUUUGAGAAACCAUGCUUUAUGCAUAGUUAAUACGAAAUGUCUUUGUAUUAUGUCAUUUUUGUUAAAAUAAAUUUCUUAACUGAUAAAGUGAACAAAUUUGCUGUGCACUUUUGGGUUCAUAUUAACAAGGUUUGAUGGUAUAAAUGAAUUAUAAUGGAUAUUUUUUGUUAUACCUUGUGUUAUUUUCUUUAAAAAGUAAUUUAUUUUCUUUUUAUUUAUCCUACUUGUAACAAUUAUGAUGGUUUAAAUUAUCUAAUAUGUAUGGUGAAUAACUGUCUGAUGUUUAGUAUUGCUGGAAUAUCCACUGUUAUUGAAGUAGAAUUUUUAUAUAGCAUCUUAUAUGGGGCUGUUAAAUAAAAGUGUUGAAUAUUUAA